AUGACCGAGGAUCAUCGAGGCAAGGUGCCAAGCUGGGAUGGGGAUCCCAAGACUUGGCGGACGUACAAGCGGAAGGCCCUCCAGUACCAGGAGGGCACCAAGAAGGAGGACAGGUACUUGUGCGGCCCGCGGCUGGAGGCGAAGCUCACGAGCCGGGCCGAGAUCGCGGUCGAGCGCUGCAAGGCUGGCUGGCUCUCCAGGCCCGACGGCGUGGAGCGGCUCCUAGCGUGGCUGGAGCGCAGGUGCUCUAGACAGGCUGUGCCCGACGUCGGCCAGGAGCUAGAGACAUUCUUGAUCAAGACGAAACGCCGCAAGCUAGAGCCGAUGCAGCUGUGGACGGACCGCUUCGAGACCGGGCACCAGUACCUCAGGCGCGCGUUGGCACGCGCGCUCGGACACACAGUUCCAGUUCAGGUCGCGCCACCGUGGAAGAGGUCCGGGCGACCUUACCGUUGGAUCGAGGUCGAACGUGACUGGCCAUUCGAGGGUAGCGAAUGGACGUGGGAGUACACGGACGGCCUGCCAGACGACGAGAAAGAGGAGUCGCACCACUGGAGCGCUGCUGACCAAGACGCGGACGCCGAGGAGGAGCUCGGGGAAAUGUCGGAGGUGUUCCCUAGCCUGGUCUUGGGCUGGCUGAUGCUCGCGCGGUCGGGGCUCGACUCGCGCGAGAGGGCUGCCAUCGUGACGGCGACGGGCGGCUCGCUGGAAGUCAACAUCAUCCGGGAGAAGCUGAUCUCGAGCUGGGAGGACGACGACCUGGCGGAGCGCGACGGGCACUCGAGGUUCCCGAAGGCGUACACAGCCCAGCUGGGAGAAGAUGAUCGUACGUGGCUUGGCGGAGAGGAUGGACCAGACGCGAGCAGCUUCGCAGCCGACGUGGAGAACUACGAGUGGCAGGAGGAAGACCCAGGCCAGGAGGAGGCGAACGAUGACGAGAUCGAGACGUACUUGGCAGCUCAGCAGGAGGAGGCGGAGGCGCUUGCGGCGAUUCACACCGCCCAGCGCACCCUCCGCCAGGCUCGGGAGGCCCAGGCCGACAGCCGGCUGAGCAGGGGCUUUUACCGGGGAGGAGCUGCUGGCACGCCAGAGGCAAGCGCGAAGGUAGCUGAGUGCAGAAGGGAGCUGAAGUUCAACCUCGCGGCCUCGCUGGUCGCCGAGCAGGAGCCUCAGGACGUGGAGUGCGAGGCGAUGUUCCUGGUUCAGGCCAUCCGCGAGGGCAAGGGCAUCGUCGACCUAGGGUGCGCGGACGCCAUGGGUGGUGAGCGUGCGCUGGACAUCGUGGCCCGCAAGAACAUGGAGAAGUAUGGCGACACCAGGCUGCUGGAUGUGAACCGGGACUACAGGCCAGUCUAUAGCUUCGGGAACGGCGAGAAGGAACGCGCCUACGGACAGGUGAAGUUCGGCAUCGCGGGCGCGGGCAUGGAGGGCGAUAUCGCCAUCAACGGCUUCUCGAAGAAGCUGGGAGCCGUCGUGGACUGCGAGACUGGGGUGACCGUGUUCGUGAAGCUCGCACCGGACAUCCCCGUUCAGCUGGAGGAGUCACCUGAUGGAGGACACUACUACAUGAGCCUGGUUGACGACUUGCUGGAGCAGCGCGUCAGGGACCAGAACCAGCUGCGAAACUUCAAGACCAUCUGCGAGAACAUCAGUGAGUGGGACAGCAGGCCAGUGGCCGCAGUGUGCCAGAGGCCAGACAGCAGCUCGGAUACUCGGGCUGAGCAGUUGGAGCGCUACAUGUAUCCAUCUCAAUCGGAUCACAGCGUUGUCCUCGAUGAGUCUCCAAUCGGAUCAGCAGGUGCGUGCAGAGGAUCGCAUGCUCGUGCAAUGCGGCCGCUUCAGAUGCCAACGUCUCGCAGUGCGGUGCAGGGCCUCUACAAGGCGGAGGUGCUCCAUCUACUCCAGGAGCUUGGCCUACCGUGCAGUCCGGCCUGGGGCGUGGACGAGCUGAAACAGGCCCUCAAGGGACACAUGUUUCCGAAGGACGAGACGCCGGCGCAGGUGGCCAUGAAGGGCCUCAGCUCGAUGAAGAAGUCCCAGCUGUUGGUGAAGGCCGAGGAGGUAGGCGCCCACGUGACACACGGCAUGACGAAUCCGUCACUCAAGCUCUCGAUCCGCAAGGCCAUCCUCAUGAAGCACGCACCAGAGCCGACCGACUACAUGGGCUUCGGGAAGCACGGAGCCAUGACCUACCAGCAGGUUCGGAGCCAGUACCCGUCCUACGCGUCCUGGUGCCAGAAGGAGUCGAACAAGGAGAGCAGCUGGGAGCUGGCCCGGUUUGCCUCAUGGCUCAACGAGCAGGAGAACAUCGACGAGAAGGCGGAGGUGACCAGGGAUCCGAAGGAGGUCCCGAAGGAGCCAGUCCAGGCUCGGGGGGGCGCGAGGUCAUCCCGCAGGAGGACGGUGGACGCGAUCAUGGAGGACGAGAUCGUGGAGCAGGACAGGCUCGAGGGUGCGAUCAGGGUGCAGAAGGAGGAGAAGGAGUCCAACCGCUUGGUCCAGGAGCAGGUGCUGGCGGCGCUGAACCAGCUCAACCAGAGGAUCGGCCAGCUGGAGGGCCUGAACUGCACCAAGGAGCUCGACCCCAGGAAGCAGCGCUGGCUCGCCAAGUGCAUCAAGGAGAACGGCCACUUGGAGGACUACGAGGCGCUGAUGGCUCACGGCGGCACUAAGCUGAUGGAGGUCGCACGCAGCCCAACGUCCAUCCUGAGCACGAAGAUGGCGGAGAAGUUCGGAGAGAACGCUGCAUGUCGCAUCAGUGCCUGGAAUGGUUUCAAGCUGGGGACCAAUGGCGGCAACCAAAGGGCUCGAGAGGCACGCGAUGCAGCCGUACCAGACCACCUGUGGAUCAGUACGAGGUGCGGCCCGCUAUCGAACCUUACCCUCGGCUUCAACGGUUCCAACCCCAUCUGGGCCGAGGCCACCAGGAAGCGCAGGCUGCAAGCCAUCAAGGAGUACAAGGGCGCGGUGCAGCUGGUGCACGACCAGGACUGUUCAAUGACUGUGGUGAAGGUGGCAGGCUGCCAGCUCGGUGUGAAGGACAAGAAGGGCCUGCCGCUGCUGAAGGAGUGGCUGAUCGCUACGACGUCUCCGAAGAUGGCCGCUGGGAUGUCCAUGGAGCGCUCAGGAGAUCACCGACAUGGAAAGCUUACAGAAGGCGGUCUCACAGCGGCCACCAGCUACUACCCGGGCGAGUUUGCAAGGCGAGCGGUUCGUGCGAUGAUCGAGGAGGCCGCGCCAGACUACCACGAGUUCCUGAGGUGCUUGGCAGAGCCCGAGGAGGCGAUCGACCAGGCGAUGGCAGCCAACCAGGAGGAGACGAAGAUGAACACAGCCGUGAACUCGAAGGAGUACCAGCAGAUCAUGAAGUGGCUCACCUCGAUCCACCGUGGCUCAGGUCACAGCUCGAAGGCCUCCAUGCUGAACGCGCUUCGGAGGAAGGGCGCCAGCCCACAGGUGCUACAAGUGGCCCAGGACUUCCACUGCGACGCAUGCGAGGAAGCGAACAAGUUCAAGCCUACGCAUCCGCCCGUCAGCUUAGAGGCCAUCCCGCCAAAGUGGAAGCACAUCCAGGCGGACCAGUUCGAGUGGGAGCACCCGCAGACGAAGGACCGGCACAGGAACCCAGUAUGGGCGGACCUCAAGUUGUUCUACGAGGAGCGCUGGAUGCCCUACUUCGGCAAGUCGCAGAGGGUAAAGGUAGACCCCGAGGGAUCAUGGAUGUUCAAGCAAGCGGCUGAGUACUUCGAUUCCGACUCCAUCGGGUACGAACCCAUACCUGGCCAGGCCCAUUGGCACAUCUCCCUCGCCGAGGAAGCCAUCCAGGCCACCAAGGGGACCAUGGACAAGCUGGUGGCGGAGAACCCCGGGAUGACGACGGAGGAAGCCCUGGCAAGGGCGACCGCAGCUGGACGGGCACCAGACCUGGACGGACACUUCUUUGAGAGCGACUUUGACGAGCUGCCCUACGUGGAGGCCCAGAGGGUCGACAAGGAGUUCGGGGAGAACUACACCAGGAUGUACGCGGCAGAGCAAGAGUACCUGAGGCAGGUCUACAUGCGGCGCCUCAGCAGAGCGGAGAACGCGAAGAAUCAGGCGGUGAAGUCCGCGGUGCCAGGCAUGUGGGUGCGCUACUUCAGGAAGGAGAAGGGCGAAGCCAAGGGCCGCUUCAAGGGGCUCGCGAGGGUCCUGGCCACAGAGACAGCGCGGCCGGUAGACGGCGACCUUGGCGAAGGACGUGUCCUACACCCUGGGCGUGCAGGAUCCGUGGUGUGGCUUGUAAGAGCAGGGCGUAUCAUCAAGGUGGACCUCUGCCAGAUCCGAGCGGCUUCCUCACGGGAGAUCGCAUGCGCCGAGCUGAUGGGGGGCAAGGACACGCCCUGGACGGUCCACACCUUCAUGAAUCAGGCGCUGAACCACGAGUACCUGGACUUCACUGGCCACGACCCCACCGAGAAUGACGCGAGGGAGCAGAUGAAGGAGAGCAUGGCCCUCACGGCGAAGUCCACUCCAGAUGCCCGGGCAUUUUGGGCUCGUCAAGGUACGUCGCUGGAGGUACCCGUUGAGGUUCCAUUGGAGGGCAAGCCGCCCAAGCAGGCCACGAGGCACACGAGCACCUACAUGGCGAGCCAGCUGCGGAAAGGCAAGCGCGAGAUUUCGGAGAGGACGUUGACCCCAGACGAGAUGGCGAAGUUCAGCCAAGCGAAGGCCACGGAGGUGAACAACUACAUUGUGUCUUCGGUGCUGGAGACACCCCCACCUGGAGUGACCCCGCCUCCUGAGGACAUCACGCGCAUGAGGUGGAUUCUCGAGUGGAAAAUGGACGAGAACACGGGCGCGAAGAAGCCGAAGGCGAGGAUCGUUGUUCUGGGUUACAUGGACCCCGAGUACGAGCACCGUCCGACUACCGCUCCAACCACGACGAGAACUUCAAGGCACCUGGUGCUGCAGGCGAUGGCGCGGCUGGGCUUCAAGGGCUACAAGGCGGACGUGACGGCGGCUUUCACGCAGGACCGAGAAAUUCAGCAUGACCUAUUCGUGAUGCCCGUGAAGGAGUUAGCGGCGGCCCUGGGGAUGCCCGAGGGCGUUGCCAUGCGGCUCAGGAAGGCGGUCUACGGGCUCGUGGAGGCGGCGAUCGAGUGGUUCAUGACCGUGAGCGAGGCGCUGGAGGAGUUCGGUUGGGCCCAGAUGAAGAUGGACCCCUGCGUGCGGGUGCUCUACGGUGACGCGCGCGGCAAGGAUAACAGCUUCACCAAGGAGGCGCUGAAGGAUUUCACGAACCCAAGAGUGCUGGAGGACCUGAUCGCGGCGAAGGGAGACCUGGACAUCAUGGCCAUUGCGGGCUCGCACGUGGACGACUUCCUGCUCGGUGGCAACGACGCGGACCCCAGGUGGAUCACCGCCCGGGAGCAGAUCGAGAAGCGCUUCAAGUGGAAGGCCUGGGAGUCGGAAGAGUUCAUGCAGACGGGGGUGAGGAUCAAGCAGCAGCCCGACAGGAGCUUCCGCAUGGAUCAGAGCGAGCACGUGAAAACUAUCGAGAAGGCGUACCUCACCCCAGAGCGCAAGAAGGCCAAGGACAUGCCGACCACUGACAAGGAGAAGGGCCAGCUGAGGGCUAUCUUGGGAGCCAUCGGGUGGAGGUCCGAGCAGUCAGGCCCCAUGCACUCGGCCGACACCAGCCUAUUGCUCAGUACGAUACCCUCUUCCACUGUGCAGACCAUCAACGAGACCAACCGAAUAGUUGAUCGUGUUCGUGAAUGUGCUGACCUACCCGUGGUGAUCCACAGAUACUCUCAGUCACAGGUGUUGGUGCCAGUGGAGUGGUCUGACUCUUCCGAGGCCAACCGACCCGAUGGGAAGUCCACGAAGGGCCUGGUGGCAGGGCUGGCACCUCUGAAGAUCCUCAAGGGUGACGAGGCGGACGUGAGCCUCAUAUCCUGGAAAUCAGGCAAGAUCGAUCGUGGUUGCCGCAGUUCCGUGGCAUGUGAGACACGCUCAGCUGUGGACGCGGAGGACGAGCUGUUCGGUAUCAAGUUGCAGUGGCUGGAGAUCCUGGGCAACAACAUCGACUGGAGGAGUCCCGAGGGAGUUCUACGCAGACUGCCAGGAGCGGUGGUUGUGGACUCGAAAGGGCUGUACGACAAGCUGCAGACGACGGUCUACACCUUCCGGGGCAAGGAGAAACGGACUGACGUGGAGGCGAUGACGCUGAAGGAAGGGACACAGGCGGCGAACAACUGGAUGCUCUGGGUACAUGGAGAUGCUCAGCUCGCCAACUCGCUGACGUAA